GAGGGCGGCGACCGGCACCGGGGAAAGUUCCCGGGGAAAGGGACCGCGGCCGGGGCCGGCAGCGGCAGCAGGUGGCUCUGGACUGUCCCCAUGGCAGAGAAAACAGCCUCCCGGGUCUCGGACUACAGCUGGGUGCUGGCGGGCGGUGAGGGUCUGCCUGUCGACACGGUGGGUCCAGAGCAGGAUUUGGCCUCCCAUGGGGCUGAGGAUGAGGAGCUGCAGGAGGAGGAAGGCACCCAGGACACCACCACAGGCAGGCAGCAGCCGUGGGGACAGGGCAGACCUGGUGUUCCCCUGUGCCGCUGGCUCACCGCCGCUCUCUGCCUCUCCCCAGCCGUGGCCGCCAAUGGCACAGCUGCCUUCCCCGGCCAGACCCAGCACCCAGAGAGCAGCGGGCUGGGGGACCUGGAGGAGUGUUGGGACCCCAGGGCCGGGGCGGUGCCCGCCCCAGAUGGCUCCACAGAGCCCGGUGUGCCGGAUGGCGAUGAGCAGGAGGAGCCCGAUGCUGAGGCUGAGCCGGGACCCUGCCCUGACAACCCCAUAGCAGGACCACCAACAGACGAGGGGAGCUGCACCAGCAGUGAUGAUGAUGUGGAGGGGCUGCGGCGACGGCAGGGCCACAAGCCCUGUCCUGGGCCCCCCCCUCCCGUGCCUGCCCAGCACCAAGGGACACCGGAUGCCAGUGAUAGGGACGGGCUCAGCAUGAGCAAGUACCUGCUGGGUGCCUUUGCACUGGUGGCUGUGGGGCUGCUGAUCAUCUCCGGUGGCACCUACGACCUGGCGGAUGGUCCCAUGGAGAACGUGGUGAGCCAGGACGUGGCAGCCGGGGAGCAGGAGUUGCCGCUGUCCACCGAUGGCAAUGACUCACAGCAGAAGGCCCCCUCGUCGGAUGCCGGGGACCCCCAGAGCGUGCAGUCUGUGAGCCUUCUCCUGGACAAGCUGGCCAAGGAGAACCAGGAGAUCCGGCUCAUGCAGGCGGAGCUGCAGGCCCACAAGGAAGAGCUGCACGCCCUGCUGCAGAAGAGCGAGGGUGAGCCGGUGGCGGCUGGGGCGCAGCAGCAGAACCUUGCCGCGGAGAAUGCGCGGCUGCGCGCAGCUCUGGAGCGGGAGGCCGCCGCGCUCCGUGACGCCCAAGCUGAGCUGCAGCACCUGCGAGCUGCGGGGUCACCGGGCAGCCCCCGGGCUGGGGAGCCAGCGUCAGAGCAGCCCCCCAGCACGGGUGCCUCAGCCCAUGGUGAGGAUGCAGCACGGCGCGAGGGUACCUGGCAGCACGGCCGGCUGGCUUUGGUGCGGCAGGAGCUGGUGGGUGCCCUGGAACGGGCGCGGGGCCCUGGGGGUCUUGAGGGGCUCUUGGAGGAGCUGAGCACCCUGGAGCAGCGCCUGGGCCAGGAGCUGGAAGCGGCCAAGCCCUUUCCUGGGCCCUGGAAGAAGCCCUUCAAGGCAGAGAAGAAGGAGAGCAGGCGGCACAAGCGGCACGGUGCCGGAGGGGUCCCCCACGAGCGGGAGAGGAGGGAGCAGACCAAAGCCCACAGGCCCAGGAAGGACCACCGGCUCCCCCGGGAGCACAAGCCAGGGAAAACCUGGGGGAAGUCGUCUCACAGUCCCCCCCAGCACGGCCCCCGCAAGCUGCCCCCUCUCAGCUGGUACCAGGCACCCCAGGGCUGCUCGGGGGUGGCUGACUGCGCCCGCAAGGAGGGCCGGGAGGUGCUGGGGGCUGCGCUGAAGCCGGUGCAGAAGGCAGAGUUCCUGCGGCUGCUGGAGGGCUUCAUGGGGCGGCAGGGCUGGGGGGGGCACUUCAGAGGGCUGGCGGCACAGCUGGACGGCGCCUUCGGGGCCGACGGCACCUUCACCCACGACCGCCUGCGCUUCGUCGACUUCGUGGAUGACGUGGAGGAGCUGCUGGAGGAGGUGGCGCGGCAGGAGCGAGGCAACGAGGAGGCGGCCGACGGUUUCGAGGAGUAUGUGCUGCGGCAUUACGCCGGGGACGGCGGGCUGGGCCCUGACGUGGGCACCGUCCUGCGCCUCUCUGGGCCCCUCAAGGAGCAAUAUGCCAAGGAGCACGGCCUGGACUUCCAGCGGCUCCUGGACGCCAGCGCCUACAAGGAGAUGUACCGGCAGGACAUGAUCCGCUGGGGCGAGGAGAAGCGCUGUGCUGACCCCGGCUUCUUCUGCAGGACAGCGGUGGAGGGGGCAGCACAGCCAGUGUGGGUGGUGAGCGACACGCGCCGCCUCUCGGACGUGGAGUGGUUCCGGGAUGUCUACGGUGAUGUGGUGCAGACCGUGCGGGUGGUGGCCACUGAGGAGACGAGGAAGAGGAGGAACUGGGUCUUCGUCACCGGGGUGGAUGACACCGAGUCUGAGUGUGGUCUGGACCAGGGAGUGGCCUUCGACUGGGUGAUCACCAACGACGGGGACGAGCGGUCCCUGGACGAGCAGCUGGAGAUGCUGCUGCAGUCGCUGCGCAGUCGGCUAUAGCUCAGUGACCCUCUGCCGGAGUUUGAGGACAGUGUC